GGGGCUCCACCUGGCCCUGGCGGCGGUGCUCGGGGCUGCUGCGGCUCUGCGGGCUCAGCGGAGGGAUGGCCGAGUCGGUGGGGUUGGCUCGGGCCACGCCCGAUCCAGGUCAAGUACAAAAAGCAAAGGUUGCACAGAUCUCAGGACCCAGGCAGGGAGGCUGGAUGGGCAAACUGCUGGGUUUUGAGGGGACCGAUUUGUCCAGCUGGGAGAGGCUGGUGAGCCUGCUGAAUCGACCCACGGAUCCUGCAGGCCUGGCCGUCUUCCGGUUUCUCUUUGGGCUGCUGAUGGUGCUGGACAUCCCCCAGGAGAGGGGUCUCAGCUCCCUGGAUCGAAGAUACUUGGAUGGACUGGACGUGUGCCGCUUUCCCUUGCUGAACGCCCUGCAACCACUGCCACUGGAUUGGAUGUACCUUGUCUAUACCAUCAUGUUCCUGGGGGCACUGGGCAUAAUGCUGGGUCUUUGCUACCGGCUAAGCUGUGUGUUAUUCCUGCUCCCCUACUGGUAUGUGUUCCUCCUGGACAAGACGUCGUGGAACAACCACUCCUACCUGUAUGGUUUGUUGGCCUUUCAGCUGACCUUCUUGGAUGCAAACCGCUGCUGGUCCGUGGAUGGCCUCCUGCAUCCCCGGAAGCGGAACUCCCAUGUACCCCUCUGGAACUAUGCCGUGCUGCGUGGCCAGAUCUUCAUCGUGUACUUCAUUGCUGGUGUAAAAAAGCUGGAUGCAGACUGGGUUGGAGGCUAUUCCAUGGAGUACUUGUCCCGGCACUGGCUCUUCAAUCCCUUCAAACUGGUGCUGUCUGAGGAGAUGACUAGUCUCCUGGUGGUACACUGGUGCGGACUGAUGCUGGACCUCUCGGCUGGUUUCCUGCUGUUCUUUGAUGCCUCAAGACCCGUUGGCCUCUUCUUCGUGUCCUACUUCCAUUGCAUGAAUUCUCAGCUUUUCAGCAUAGGUAUGUUUUCCUACGUCAUGCUGGCCAGUAGCCCUCUUUUCUGCUCUCCUGAGUGGCCUCGGAAGCUGGUAUCCCAUUGGCCCCAAAUGCUGCAAGAACUGGGGCCCCUGCAGGCUGCCCCUCAACCCAGUGCUUCUUGCAUAUACAAGAGGAGGCGGGCCAGAGGCAGCCAGAAGCCAGGCCUGCGCCAUCAGCUGGGUACCGCCUUCACCCUGCUCUACCUCCUGGAGCAGCUAUUCCUGCCUUAUUCCCACUUCCUCACCCAGGGCUACAACAACUGGACCAACGGGCUGUACGGCUACUCCUGGGACAUGAUGGUGCAUUCCCGCUCCCACCAGCACGUGAAGAUUACCUACCGCGACGGCCUCACGGGCGAGCUGGGCUACCUUAACCCGGGGGUAUUCACACAGAGCCGGCGAUGGAAGGAUCACGCAGACAUGCUGAAGCAAUAUGCCACUUGCCUGAGCCACCUGCUUCCCAAGUACAAUGUCACUGAGCCCCAGAUCUACUUUGAUAUUUGGGUCUCCAUCAAUGACCGCUUCCAGCAGAGGAUAUUCGACCCUCGUGUGGACAUCGUGCAGGCCGCUUGGUCUCCCUUCCGGCCAACCCCUUGGCUGCAGCCACUGUUGAUGGACUUGUCUCCCUGGAGGACCAAGUUUCAGGAAAUCAAGAACAGCCUGGACAACUACACUGACGUGGUGUUCAUUGCAGAUUUCCCAGGGCUGCACCUGGAGAAUUUUGUGAGCGAGGACCUGGGCAACACUAGCAUCCAGCUGCUCCAGGGGGAGGUGACUGUGGAGCUUUUGGCAGAACAGAAGAAUCAGACUCUUAAGGAGGGAGAGAAAAUGCAGUUGCCUGCUGGUGAGUACCAUAAGGUGUAUACGACAUCACCCACUCCUUCCUGCUACAUGUACAUCUAUGUCAACACUACAGAGGUCGCCCUGGAGAAGGACUUGGCAUAUCUGCAAGAAUUGAAGGAGAAGGUGGAGAAUGGAAGUGAAACAGGGCCUCUACCUCCAGAGCUACAGCCUCUGCUGGAAGGGGAAGUCAGAGGGGGCCCUGAGCCAACUCCUUUGGUUCAGACCUUUCUUAGACGGCAGCGAAGGCUCCAGGAGCUUGAACGUCGGCGGAAUACCCCCUUUCACGAGCGGCUUCUCCGCUUCUUCCUGCGGAAGCUUUAUGUCUUCCGUCGCAGCUUCUUGAUGACUUCUAUCUCACUUCGGAAUCUGGUAUUAGGCCGUCCAUCCCUGCAGCAGCUGGCCCAAGAGGUGACUUAUGCAAACUUGAAGCCUUUUGAACCAGUUGGAGAGUCAAGCCCUCCAAAUACAGAUUCUUCAGAUUCUAAUCCUACUGAACCAAAUUCUGACCAUGUUCACUCAGAGUUCUGAGAGGGCCACACUGGCCACAGAUACAGAAGCAGUCACAAGAACGUUCAUUUUACAUAUACAGUAGAAAUUUGAGAAAAUAAUUUCAGGUAUUUUUUUUUUAAUUUCCUUUGCUUGUCCAUAUCCAUUUUCAAUUAGCUUGGAGGAGCCAAGAAAUGAAGCACAGUUAAGAUUUAUCAAUCCAAGGUUGAGGGGUCAGGAAGGGAUUAAAGAUAGGUUUUUAAGUGAUUGACUUGCUAGUAAGCAAGAUUCAGUGUACCAUGAAAAUCAUAGCUUUAAGGCUCUCACCUUGCAAGCAGUUGACCCAGAAUUCCUGGUAUCCCAUAUGGUCCCCUAUGCACUGUCAGGAGUAAUCCUUGAGCACUGCUGGGUGUGAUCCAAGCUGUUAUCAAGUGGUUGCUGUGUGCUUAAAGCAUUGUGUGAAGCAUUACUGCCUGUGUUAUUGCUGUCCCGAAUAGUCCUUACCGCUCCAUUUUCCAGUUGGAAAAAACCUGAGUAUUUGUUCAGAAACAGACCAUAUAAAAAAUGGACUGAUAUUGGGACUGGAGCGAUAGCACAGUGGGCAGGGCGUUUGCCUUGCACACAGCUGACCUGGGUUCGAUUCCCAGCAUUCCAUAUGGUCCCCGGAGUACUGCCAGGGAUGAUUCCUGAGUGCAGAGCCAGGAGAAACCCCGGAGGGGAAAAAAAAAGUACUGAUAAUAUGAAGCUCAAGCCUGUUUGACUUAAGGUUCUACACCCUGUACCUUGCGAUUUUCAGAAUUACUGAGAAUUUUAAAAUGAGGUUUAGGGCCAGAGAGCUAGUACAGGAGACAUGGCACUUCCAGUGGUCCCUUAAGCAUGCUGGGUAUGGCUUCCAAAUCCACAAAAUAAAAAAUGUGGCACAAAACGUGUCUUAAUUAUAAACCAUGUGUUGAAUAGAUUCGAAAUUCAGUUCCUUUUCACUGCAGUUCUUUGUUCUUAUCUAGAGCUAUUUUUUUUUUUUUGCUAGCAGUUCAAUAGAAUAACAAGUCCACUAACACAGGAAGUUUAGAGGACUUCUCUAAAAUUAAACAUUAUUUAGCAUUAUUGUAGCUGUAAGCAGGUAAUGUAAGAGUCAAACAGAAAGGAUUGUUUUACAGUCACUUUGUAAAUUUCAAUGUGCAAAGGAGAUUCAGGAAACUAUUUUGUGAAAAAUCUAUGGACUGGUACUGGGCUAAGAAUACAUUGUAGGGGCUGGAGAGCUUUUACAAUGGGUUAAGGCACUUGCUUUGCACAUGGCCAACCUGGGUACAAUCCCCAGUACCCCAUAAGGCCCUCCAAGCCCUGUCAGGAAUAACCUAUGAGUAUUGCCAAGCAUGGCCCCAGAGCUAAAAAAAAAUUUUUAAGAUACAGCAGCAGGCUCUUGCCUUGCAUGUGUUGACCUGGGCUUGAUUCCUUGCACACCAUGUUCCUAAGCUCUGCCAGAAGUCCUGAGCACUGCUGGGUGUAGCCCAAAAAGACAAAAUAAAAAGAACCAAUGCAGUUUUGUUUCAAAACCUCCUAAUGGUUCAUGGCCUUACAGCUGACUAGUACUAAAUUAAGUCUCAGUAAACAUGAUGAAAGACUUCCCAUGCAACUCUACCAUACCAAGUAUUAGGGGUCUUUCCUAGAACCUACCUUUUUCACUGCAUAUGCAUGGUUUAAGUGUCCACACACGGUUACCAGUGAUGCUGCUUAUGUCUUAACACCUAUAUAGUGAAAUUAGCUCCACCUGGAUGUCAAAGCUGUAACUGGUAACAAAACUUAUCUGUCUCCAACUCAGAUCUGCUUCUGCUAAUGGCAACUAUUAUCAGUAUUGGUUAUUUCUAUACUUUCUUUUUGGUAAUACCCAGCGACACUUAGGGCUUACGUUAUGUUAGCAAUGGAAACAAAGGUUGGGUGCAUUCAAGCAAAGUGUCAAAUCUGCAGCACCAUUUCACAGGACCCACAUUUUUACAACUUCAAAUCCCAUCGAGCAUACUUUGUUUUGGGCCAUAAUUGGCUGUGCUCAAGGCUUAUUGGCGGGGUCAUAUAGGGUGCCAAAGAUCUAACCCAGGAUGGUCCUGUGUAAUUAUUCCCUCUAGCCCCAACUUCUUGAUUACUAAGCUCACCUCUAUCCUUUUAGCCUCUGUUAUCUAAACAAGGGCCCCUCACUGAGGCCAAAUGUACCUAAUAACAGUGGAUUGGGUAGGGAAGACAGCGCUGCCAUUAAGAUUUUUCUGUUCCCAUAGUUCCUCUCCCCAUUUUUGAUGAGAAAAAUUCAUGGGGGUGGGAGGAGGAAGCUCAGGGUAAGGUAUGUGCAUUGCAGACAGCUGACCCAGUUAACUCCCAGGUACCACAGACCCUUCUUCCCCCAUCACUGUCAGGAUGGACUCUGAAGGCAACUAGGUGUGGCCCUUAAAUGAAACCACUCCCAGCGAACAAUGAGGAGGUAUUGGUCUAAAUGGGUCAUUUUAGAGGAAACUGCCCACAAUUCAAACUUCAAGAGCCAGGUGGUCACACCUGUGUUGUCCUAUGGCAUGAGGUGCUCAGCCUUCUUUCACCUGUCCUGCGUAGUGCCAUUGGCUGAAGACCUCAGUGAGGACAAACUGCCAAACCAAUCUUUGGAGAAGGUGUAAGCAUCUUCAUUAAAAUUGUUUGUAUUCUG